CACGUGGUGCUGGUGUUUGUGGAGGUGCAAAGUCCUCAUCGAAGAAGUGGAAGACACCCCGUUGCGUUAAUACGGGAACAGCGACUGUAUGUCUGUGCAUCUGGGUGCACGUGGUACAUAUGCUUGGCAUUUAGACCGCUAACAAAAAGACGAGGACAGUGAAAGGGGCGACGAGACUGCAGGUAAAACUUUUCCAUCUUAUUUAACCGCAGCAGCACGUAUCGAUAUAUAGACAAUUGUGACUUGCGCAGAACCCAACAGACCGGUCAGAAGGCUUGUGCCUUUCUUCGUGGAGGUACAAAGUUCCCAUCGAAGCUGUGAGACGUUGUGCUGCAGCUGUUCGCGUUCGCUCCGCUCGCAAGGGACACCUGCCAACUGCUGUGCGUACGGUGGCGCCGGCUGCAACGACGCGGAGAAGAUCGCGCGCGCUUCGAGUUGGGGAAUCUCCGAAACCUGCUGCCUGCUGCGCUGUACGCACGGAUUACUGCCAUCGAAAUACUGUACUACUGCGCGUAAAAGUUGGCGCACCAUCUGUGCGAUCUCACCGGUUGACACACCAGACCAAUUUCCUCCAGGUGUACCGAAGUCAUCGGAGUGUGCGCGUUUGUGAACAUCGUGCCCUUCCAUACCGCUACACACUCUGUGCCGGACUAGGUGGUGGAUUCUUUUACCUGCUUUAUUAUUGUUCUUUUCAUUUACUCCACCUGUACACAGUACACCUGUACAACAGCGUGCCAAAUGUCGUAUCGAUAUUCUCAAUAGCUCUAUAGCUGUAGCACUCCAUGAAUUGUGCUCUACUGCUGUUCUCGCCAGCUUGGUCCUUCGGUGCACCGUACAUGUUUUAAGCCGGCAGCAGACCCAGAGUACGACCACGGUUGUUUGAGUCGCUCGCGUGGCUGUCAUCAACGAAGUAUCUCAGCGUACAGUGCAUCUAUCUAUACGGCCGGUCGUGAUAAGUGUGCGGACCUCACGCCGUUUUGUAUCGUAUCCCGCGAUGACUGGGAAAAAAUAAACGUGCGAGUCUUCAGCCAUUCGGGCACUGCACCCCCUUUUUUUUAUCGCUCUGUGCAAACAAGCUCUUCGUGGUAUAAAACGACGACACCACUUUCCUCUCUGAAGCCCGCACGUUCUCGACUGCAACUGCAACGUGUCCACUGUGGAUCUCAAGCUUGAAGGAAGCACAGUCCUAUCCGAGUACUGCAUCCUGCGCUUCGGCAAUGCUUCAGCACUGAACGUUAUACCGCGACCUGUAAACAGAUCGUCGUGGGUCGAUCAGGUGACAUUCCGAAACCUUUGUGCAUACAUUACGCCGGUUCCGGUGCGACGAUAUUGUGACGUGUGCGGAGUGAUCGACCUCUGAACGCAAUAUCCGGCUGUACGAGUGCGCGGCGGAGCGCCUGUUUUUACUUGGUAAUAGCCAGUGCAGCAAAGAACGAGGGCACGCAGGGAAAGAGACAUUCUGACGAUACACAGCGCUAACUUCCAACGAAAGGUUCAUUUCCGUACCGAUUUUCGGUGGAACCCGGGCGAUAUCGUGUCCUCGACCGUUCUCGUGUUUACACAACUGGACAGACAAUUUGAACGGGCCACUUGAUUAUGACCCAUCAUUGUAUGUAGCGCAACGCUUUACGAAGGACUGUGAAACACACAGUGUGGACUGUGGAUACACAGCUGGGCCUCAUAGUCGACGCGUUGAGUAUUACUUCUGCUAAAGAUAAGACGGUAGGUAUACCUCCGAGGACAGCUUCAAGUCGUCAUGCAGCAUGCCAUCGCCAGGGUACGGACGUUGUUCAGGAGUCGACCCCUGUUGGCAAACGUCGUCUCCUUCGGCUCCAUGUACAUCGGCGCCGAAGUGGUCCAGCAGACCAUACUGCAGAAGCUGGACCCGUCCGUGCGCGGCUACGACUGGCCCCUGGUGGGAAGGUACGCCGUGGUCGGCACCGGCAUCUACGCACCGGCGCUUUUCUACUGGUACCGAUACCUGGACCGCGUUAUGCCGGGCAAGCUGGUCGCCGUCGCCGUCAGGAAGGCCCUCAUCGACCAGGUCUUGGCCUCCUCCACGCUUCUGGUAGCCUUCUACACGGCCAUGAGCGCCAUGGAGGGCAAAGAGGACAUCUUCGCAGAACUCAAGGCCAAGUUCGUCCCAACGUACAAGCUCAGUUGCUGCUUCUGGAUUCCGGCGCAGUGCAUCAACUUCUUCCUGGUGCCGCCGCACCUCCGGGUCGUGACGGUCGGCAUCUGCUCCUUCGCCUGGGUCAACAUCCUCUGCAUCAUGAAGCGCAUGACCGUUAAGGCACGCGAGGAGGACGCCUAGAGCGACCACCGUCGGAGUACCCAAUACGUCACUACCGCCGUCGUCAAGGUGACCCGAGUGCCUGGAUGUGACGUCACCAUAUGCCUCCAAAAGGAAAAUCUCGCAUUUGGAACGACGUCACUUCCGGAAGGAGCAAAAGACCGACAGUUUGCUAUACAGUGCAUCGAUCUAGUCGUCCGGAUUGAAUCGAAGAAAGCGCACAUUUACCGCAGAACGCCUUUUUUUUUCGAUGCAACUGUUAUUUCGUCUACGGGGACCAUCCGUCUCCAUAACGAAGUGCCUAACUGAUCCUGUUGACGCGCUUCGAGUGAUAUGUAUACAUCCUUGUGUACUCUACUUAGUCUCGCGAUAAAUUUAUUUUAAUGUGAAAGAGAAGUCACGGAGGCGAAUUGUCCGCGCGACUGCGCUGCUGAAAACAGUUCAACUGCUAGAUGACAUUAACAGCGCAUACAUGAGCAGGAAGCGCGACAGUGCAAACAGAGGCAAAGAGCGCCGUUUGCCUCCGUUUGCACUGUUCCGUUUCCUAAUCUUGUAUACGCUGUUAAUACUUUAUAACGGACCCUUACCAACUUGUCCAAGCUUCAGCCCUCACUAGUUCAACUGCCUUAAACAGCUCACUUACUAUAACACUUAUAAUCAAAUGAAACACAAGGUAUACGACUUGACAAAUACGUACAUCACUAUGGUGCUGAUGGGCAUUCGGGAACGUUUACAAGAAACAAUUUUUUUUAAUAUAUGCAUUAGGCUGUAUAUAUUUAAGCCGCUGGCCCUACGGCGUUCGCUUUCACUCAUACAAGUUUAAGUCCGGUGCUAUAUAUAAUCAACUUUAAGUGCCUGGUAGGACAUCGCACAGGCGAGCUCACCUCAAUUAUACAAGGGGUGUUCAAAUGAAAGGGUACGGAACGACACUGUGGGUAUAAAUGAAGAAUUUGUUCAAAGUAUACAUCAUGUACCUGAUCACAACGCUCCCAUUGGUGAACGAGCCGAAGGAUUCCUUGUUCCCAGAAUUCCUGUGGCCGUGACGAGACCCUGUCCUUUACGGCGUCCCUGAGUUCAUCGUCCGAGUCGAAGCGCUUCCCUUUCAGGUGUUUUUUUCAGGGGACCAAACACAUGGAAAUCCCAGGCGAUGAAUGGUGGCCCGUUUGACACCUUCCGCUGUCAGAAAUCGUUUAACGCCCCGCUACUCCUAAAUCCUCGGAUUUUGCAACGUUAACGCCAUCCUGUCCUCAGAAGCAUUGCCGCGGACGGCGCUCUUUAUAAGAGCCUCUGCUCUCUAUACUGCGCAUGCGCCCCCCACCCCUUGCUCCGAUCCACGGCAGGGACUCCAAUCGCAUCCCUAGAUGUCUCGCUACAUUCUCCCUAGUGGCAAAGGCAUCUAUGUAAACGGUCAUGUCGUUUCGACGUUUCGUACCUUUUCAUUUGAACGCGC